AUGGAUAACGGUAAUUUCGUGGCGGUCAUCUGCUUUCUCUUUUUCUCCUGUGACGGGCUCCUAUCGCUUUCAUCCACCAGCGGCUUCUGCCCUGAGAGCUGCGAUUGCCAACAAGCGCAGCACCUCCUCUGCACAAACCGGGGGCUGCGCGCAGUACCCAAGGUGCCAUCCUUACUGGUCCCAGAGGAUGUGCUUGUCUUCAGCCUUGGGGGAAACUUUAUUGGUAACAUCUCCGCGGUCGACUUCACACGGUAUGGAAAUCUCAUACGGUUGAACUUACAGUACAAUGAAAUACAGACCAUUCACCCGAAAGCGUUUGAAAAGCUCUCCAAACUGGAAGAGCUGUAUUUGGGAAACAAUCUGAUAUCAACAAUACCCCAAGGAACGUUACAGUCACUGAAAAAACUGAAAACCUUAUAUGGCAAUAACAAUGACAUUGGGAACAUCACCCCAGAGCUGUUUGGUAACUUGCAGAGCAUAGUUAAGCUAAGGUUGGAUGGCAACGCCAUAGAACUGUUACAGGACUCGGUUUUCAAGAGCUUGACUAAUCUGCAUUAUCUCCAUUUAGAAUCGAACCAGCUGCGCCACAUUCAUAGAAAUGCAUUUUCAAAACUCACUAAACUUCGCUUUCUUAACCUCGCAGAAAACAAACAGCGGGCCGUGCGUAAUGUGUUUACGUUCUCCCAGCUCAGGUCAUUGAAAACCUUGCUGCUCUCUGAAAAUGAAAUACAGCAUGUCGGAAAUCAUGUCUUUCAGAAUCUGCGAAAGCUAUCUAAACUAUCCCUCAGCAAUAACAAAAUCUCCUCGUUGGAAAGUGAGGCUUUGAAUGGACUGUCGAGCGUGAGAGAGUUUCUGAUGGAUGGGAAUGAGCUGGAGGAUAUUCCCGCGGGACUUCUCGACCCGAUGGAACGAAUCGAGGAGCUGGACUUCAGUCGCAACAGAAUUUCCGCUGUGGACCCUUUGGCUUUUAAACAUCUAAAAUACCUGAGAGUUUUAAAAUUGAAAGACAACCAUCUCACGAGUCUUUCAGGCAACAUAUUCGCCCUCAACAAUGGGCUUUUCGAUGUGGAUCUUCAUGGCAACAACUGGACGUGUGACUGCCGCCUGGGUGAACUGAAGCGGUGGAUAACAUCGGCGCAUUCUCAAGGGAAGCUGAUGACUGUUUUCGUGCAGUGUCAUCACCCAGCGACACUGAGGGGGAAGUAUUUGGAUUUUGUAAACAGCUCACAGCUGCAGCUUCCGGGGAACUGGAGCUACUUGUGUGAGACCCAAAUUGGGCCUGAGGAGAGCAGAGGAGGGAGUGUCCUGGAGAUGGAAUCUGAGGACAUUAGGAAAAAUGGAGAGGAAGAAGAGAGGGAGACUGAGAGAGGACAGGGAGAGGUGAGGAAGGACAGAGAAGAGCAGAGGGGACUUGGAAUUACAGAGGGAGUAGAAAUGAAGGCAAUAGAGGAGGAGAGUAAAGUGAGAGGACAGGGAGAGAAGAGGGGGGGAGGGGAAGAGGUGGGUAUCCAGGGGGACCAGGGAGGGCCAGAGGAGCGUCAACAAUCCCUGUCAUCGAACAAGAAGAAGAGAAAGAAAAUCUUUGCCAGCCCCAGGUCACAACCUUCCUUUGAGGCUGAGCCUGACAAAGGGAGGCGUGGUUUCAAUCCGGGUCGUGGCAUCACUCAAACCCCUCCCCUCAACAUCCCCACGCCGCCAACCACAACCCGCCCUCAGACACUUGACCAUCUCAGUAGGCCACUGACUAAGCUGGCCACCUCCUCUCCUCCUGCCCCGGAGACAGAGGAGCGGUUCGACCUGCUCGCAGCCGGGCAGGAGGACAUCUUACCCGAAGUGACUGACCCCUGUGUGUUCAACCGGCACUUCAUCGCCAAUGUGAGCGUCACCCAGGUCGCCUCCAGCACCGCCACUGUCAGCUGGAACGCGCACGCUCACCGUCGCUACACAACCGGAGCCAGAUCGGGACUGGACGAGGUCCAUUACCGCGUGAUGUUUGACAGGUUCGGGUCGUCCGACCGCUUCCCCCGCUACGUGUACGCCCGCGGCGGGGCGUGGUCAGUGACGCUACGAGAACUCAGCCCAGACGUCACCUACAUGGUGUGUGUGGAGGGGGUCGUGGGAGGGUCUGUGUGUCAGGUGGCACCCCGCGACCAUUGCGCUGGAUUGGUCACUUUCCCAGAGGAUUCUCGUCGCCAAGGGACAUUGACCUCUGACCUUCAGCUGGUCACAGUGGCAACCCUGGCCGGCAACGCUGUACUCCUGCUGGUGAUUGGUGGGGCCUGGCUAGGGAGGAGCUUGAGGCGGAAACUGAAAAGGAGGAAGUCAGCUGUGCACGUGCGUCACAUGUACUCCACGAGGAGGCCGUUCCGUGGCUCCAUGACAACCACAGCGGCGGUGUCAACAGACUUCACCAGUUUCCAGAGCAGCCGGCCACCUCAACUCGGAACCUUGGAAGAAGGUGGGAACCUUAUCGAGUUCCCCUGUGACCGUUUCCUUGACAACAGUUCCACCCGUAGAGACAACAACAACAUGCAGAGGUUCACUGAUUAGUAGAACCAUAAAACGCCAGAGACUUAGAGCUUGGGAAAAAGGGAGAAAAAAUCCACUUUGACCCACUUAUACUAUGAAAUAUAGUUUCUGGGAGCCAUUUGAUAAUCAAACAAUAGAAGCAGUGUUCUGACAUUCUAGAAUCACAUAUCUAGAAUAUCACAACAUAAACAUGCAAUCACAAGGAAGGAACAUCCUCAGGAGAAUGUCUAAAACUAAAAGGUGCUACAGACAUGUAUUUAAUAAUGCACUAUAGGGCACUUCAUGAGCACAGCAGGAACACAGCCAGGGAGGGUUGUGUAAUGACCAUAGAACAGGGGAGGGCUAACUUUUUGGCCACAUCAGGAUUUCGAAAUUGAAUAAAGGACCACAUUUGUUUUGUAAUUGGUUAAUCAUAAAUGAUUUGCAGGCCAGAAAAGGGUAAUAAUUAAAACACGCACUGUACACAGCAGGUCCAUUAUAAUGUCAAAAUCAUUUAAAUUCAGAUGUAUAAGAGUGGGCCGGUGAGUUAUGUUUGCUUCCCCUCAAAACUAUUUCAUUACAUACCGCGGGCCGGAUGGAAUUGCCUUUCGGGCCCGAUUCGGCCCACGGCCCAUAGUUUGCCCACCCUCGCAGAACCACAGGCUUGUGUAAGACCACAACAGUAGGAUUUAAUUCAUACAUUAUGACAACAUUAUCACAGUUGUGAUGUAGAACCACAGUUCGUUUUCUGUUGUGACCAAGGUUUCCUUUAAACGGCAACCAAACAGCUGGGCUCAUCGGACUGAUUCACACACUACAGGAGCUCAACCUCACCAACUUCCUCAACUUCCACUGAGCCUCACGCAUUUCCUCUUCCUUGCACCUGUGCUCAUUUGUUUUUGUGUGUGUGUGAGAACUGACUUUUUCUUAUUUCAUUGGGCGCUAACACUAAACUAAUAGACAUUAAAAUUGUGUAUAAAAUGUAAUUACUAAUGUGCCUAAAAAAAUCCUACGUAGCUGCUGGUUGGCAGAGAAAAACAUGUCCAUACUUCUGUGUAGUUUUUAUACUUUAAUACUCAACUAUGUAUUGCGCUAUGAGCUAGUGAUUAACCAUGUUUCCUGACAAUGUGACUGUUGGACCUGUGGUCCAUUUGUCUAUGUGAAUAGAAAACCAGAUACCUUUGAAAAUAAUGGAUGUAGUCCUUUGUUCUUAUGGUUCCCAUACAAAUAAAGAAACAGAUAUUAAAGUGUUGGCCUAUGUGCAGCAAGGCAG